AUCACAGUAACCACAGGAAGUAGACGCAGCAGCUCUCUACUAAAGCACGACUUUAGACAGUCCAGAGACAGAAGAAGAAGAGAGACAGAGAGUCACCAUGGUCGACUUCAAAUGGAUUCUUAUAGCGCUGCUUCAGUUUACAGCAGCAGCUGAAGGACUUCCCCCCUCCUUCACUGUCAGAGCUGGACAGGAAGUCACUUUGCCUUGUGGAAAUGUGAUAGACGAUCAGAAAAACUGUGACAGUACAACAUGGGUGUUCAUUGAUUCAAGUCAGAGAGCAUCAGUAGAGCUGAUUGACCAUGGACAGAUUGAUAAAUCUAAAUCAGACAGACUGAGUGUUACACAGAACUGUUCUCUGGUUAUAAAGAAUGUCACAGAUGAAGAUGCUGGACUUUACUACUGUCAACAAUACAAAUCAGGACAAAGACAAAGACCAGUCUCUGAUGUUUAUCUGUCUGUGGUUACCAUGACUGAACACAAGAUCACUGAUCAGGUGGAGUGGUCCUGCUCUGUGUCGACAUAUAAUGGAUGGUGUUAUUACACAGUGAAGUGGCUGUUUGUCGGUACCAAUGUGGAUAAAUAUCACAAAGAUCUGCAGACAUCACAGUCUGGCUGCUCUGCCUAUGUGCGCCUACAGUCUUCUCAUUUCAUGCACACAUCAAACUCUGACUUAUUGAAGUGUGAAGUGACUGAUGGUGACAAAGUGCAGCUGUUUCCCUUCAGACUUCAGCCCUCAGGUGAGAAACCAGGUGACGACACGACAACAACAAAACCAAGACCAGAACCCACGACCAAACUACCACGAAAAAGAAAAACAAGAACAACUACUCCGACUCCGACUACGGCUACAAAACCCAAAACCAAACCAACACCAGCACCAACAACUGACAGCUGCAUGAAAAGAGGAACCAUCAUGACAGCGUCUCCAAUCAGUGAUGAUUCAGCAAACCUAAAAUACAAAAAGUGA